GUGGCCAGUGACCCCAAGAGUGUCCAGGGACUCAGGCCUCUGACAAGGUGCUCCCGGAGGAACAGAGAAGUGGAGUGGGCUGAGGGGACCCAACCCCAGGAUCGGGUCCCCUGGUUAGGGAGGGCCCUGGGGAGGAGAGAGGACUCUUUUUUUUUUAAAGAGAGGACUCUUGAAGUCCUCAUCCUAGGCCCAGAUAGAGGAGGGAGGGGAGCACCAAGGCAGUGAAAAAUAAAGGAGGCAGAAGAGAAGGGGGAGGUCAGGGCAGCCUUGGUAGGUAGUGAGCUGUUUGUCAACAGAGGCAUUGAAACGUGCCACAUCAACAUUGAUUACUCAGGACUCCUUCUGGAGGGGAGAAGUCCAUGCCCAUUUCACAGAAGAGGAAAUUGAGGCUAUUUGCCAGGACAACAAAGGCAAGAGCUGAGAUCAGGCUGUGGUUUUAGGGGGGACAAGGGAGGGGUUUCAGAAGACACUGAUCUGUGGACAGCAAUGAGCGCCCGGGCCACACGGCCCCGAAGCCGGCGAGGGAGACAUGCUCCACCUGGUGAGCUGGACCCUGUGGCUGAGAGUUCAGAGGAGGCCGAGGCAGCCAGCGGAAGCUCUGAGCUGGGCCCUGUGCCAUCUCAGGAAAGCUGCAAGCCUGAGCUGCUGGGCCCUGAGGCAGAGGAGAGUGGGCAAGGCCCGAGGAGCAGAACUGACAAAGAGGCUGAUGGGGACUCUAGCAGGGGGCUGGCCCCAGCCCUCGAUGGGCCCCAGGAGCCUGCAGAAGAAGCCCACCAUGCCCCAGAGGCUGAGGAGGCUGCCCUCGCUGCACCUGGGGCCCCCGACGUGUUUCAGACUCUCCAGCAUGCUCUGAGCUCACUGGAGGCUGCAGCUGCCGCCUGGCGCUGCCAGCCCCUCAGCUGUCCUGGGCCAGUGGAGAUGGAGGGCAGAAUCCAGGGGGAACCAAGGCCCUGCCUGGAGCUGGAGGGGGCAGGGGGCUGCCAGCGGGAGGUGGCCCACCUGGCAGAAAGGAACGCCUGGCUACGUUUGGCCCUGGGCAGCCGUGAGGACGAGCUAAUCCACAUGCAGGCCUCCCUGGAGGCCCUCCAGGGAGAGAAGGAGACGCUGCAGAGAGAGGUCCAGGAGCUGCAGGAUUCCCUGCUGAGGCUGGAGCCCUUGCCACCUCCCUCUCAAAGCCAAGUGGAUGGCUUGGGCAGCAGUUCCAGCAGCUCUGGGACUGUCAGGGAACCCUGGACCACUCAGGAUCCCUUCUCCCUGUCUCACCCCCUGCUCCGGCGCCUCCAGAGUGAUUCCAGUGCCCAGGUCCUUGGGCCUCUCCCCAACCGGCCCCUUGCCCCUGAGAUGCACAUUGUGGAAGCUCAGAUGGAGCAGCUCCGGGGAAACAUCGAGAAGCUCAAAUGCUUUAACCGUCUGCUGUCUGCUGUGCUCCAGGGAUACAAGGGCCGGUGUGAGGGCCUCAGCAUGCAGCUAGGCCAGUGGGAGGCUGAGGCCACAGCACUACGUCUGGCCUUGCAGUAUAGUGAGCACUGUGAGGAAGUGUACAGAGUCCUGCUCACGCUCCGGGAGGCAGACUCAGGAGCAGAAGUCCCCAGGAGUGAUGUGGAGGCAGCUGAGAAGGAGGCUCAGAGGCUGCUAGCUCAAGAGGAGGCUGUCAUGGAUGGAGAAACACUGUGGGAUCCCCAGCCAAGCCCUGAGGGCAGCAGUGUGGAUAGGCCCACACUACAGGAGGUGGCUCUCCAGCUCCGGGGCUAUGUCCAACGUCUCCAGGAGCGCCGUGCUCUGGUGAAGAUUCUCCCAGAGCCUGGCCCCACCUUGGCACCCAUGCCCACUCUGCCCCAUGCAGAAGCCCUGGUGCAGGCCAUUCUGGAGACUCAACCUGGCCCAGCCCUGCCCCGGCUGGAGAAGAGGCGGAUCCAGCAGGACCUGGAGGCCACACGGGAGACCCUGGAGGACCUGAUGCUGAGGCUACAGCUGGUGCGGCGGGAGAAGCGGGGUCUGGAGCUGCAGGAGGCAGCCCUCCGAGCCCAGGGCCCAGUCCACAUGCUCCUGCUGGAGCAGCUGCAGUGGGAACGGGAGCAGCUUCAGACGCGCGGGGCCAACAGCAGCGGUGGUGGCAGUAGUGGCGGGAGCAGUGGCGAUGAGGAGGCCUGGUCCCAGGGCCCUGCUAUCCCUGGAGGCAGCAGGGGCAUUGAUGGAGGCCAGGUGGGGCAGGUGCAGGACCCGGAGGAGCUAGCUCAGGAACUGUCAGCAUCACUCGCCCGGGCCCUGGGCCUGUGGGAGCAGCUGCAGUUUCUUCGGGAGGAGCUGGAACAGGUGGCUAAGAAGGGGCGAGCCAGACGUGCUCAGAGUGUCAAGCUGAACACCGAUUUAUGUAAGGCUCACAGAGCCCUGGUUCUGGCCUUCCGAGGGGCCCAACGGAAGCAGGAAGAGCAACGGAGAAAGCUGGAACAGCAGGUGACACUACUGGAGGCCAGACAGGCAGAGGAGCUGGCUGUGCUAGAAGCCACCACAAGAGUCCUGGGGAGGCCCAGGCCACCCCACUCACCUCCCGGGCCGGGGGAGACCUUUCUGUAGGCCCUGUGCCUGGCUGUGUCUAAAUGUACCAGACGGUGGUGGCAGGCCCUGUCAUAAAUCUCCUGGAGUGA